AUGUAUCGGGCAGCACCUCAUCUGGCAAGUAGCAAGGCCCUCGAAGAGUUGUACAAAAUGGAAGAGAGGCAUUUUCCUCCAGACACCAAACAGGGGUGACAACUCAGGAUGACAAAAACCUGCGAUCCUGCAGAUAAUGAAUUUUCACCAUUUCACAUCCUCUCAAUUUUAACAAUUAUAGGCACUGAAUGCAUCAUUGGUAUCAUUGCAAAUGGGUUCAUCAUGGCUAUAAAUAUAGCUGAAUGUAUUAAAAAUAAGGCAGUUUCCAAAAGCAGGAUCCUGUUUUUCUUGAGUGUAUCCAGAAUACCUCUCCAAAGCUUCAUGAUGAUAGAAAUUACCUUCAGCUCAACAUCCCCACAUUUUUAUAAUGAAGAUGUUAUAUGGUACAAAAUAACUUUCAUGUUCUUAAAUCAUUGUAGCCUCUGGCUUGCUGCCUGGCUCAGCUUCUACUUCGCGAAGAUUGCUGAUUUCUCACCCCUUUUCCUCAAGCUGAAGUGGAGAAUUUCUGGGACAGAUGUCCUGGCUCUGUGGCUAUCAAUGUUUAUUUCCUUAGGCUACAGUGUACUCUUCUCCAGUGACAUCAACACCAUGUAUUGUAACAAUUCUUCUAUCCCCUCUCCCAACUCCACUAAGAAAAAAUACUUCACUGAGACCAAUGUGGUCAACCUGGUUCUUCUCUAUAACCUGGGGAUCUUCAUUCCUGUGAUCAUGUUCAUCUUUGCAGCCACCCUGCUGAUCAUCUCUCUCAAAAGACACACCCUACACAUGGAAAGCAAUGCCACUGGCUCCAGGGACCCCAGCAUGGAGACUCACAUGGGGACCAUCAAAGUUACCAGCUACUUUCUCAUUCUCUACAUUUCCAAUGCAGUUGCUCUAUUUCUUUAUAUGUCCAAUAUCUGUGAUGCCAACAGUUCCUGGAUUAUUUUGUGCAAAUUCAUCAUGGCUGCCUACCCUGCUGGUCACUCCAUUCUGCUGAUUCAGGACAACCCUGGGUUGAGAAGAGCUUGGAAGCAGCUUCAGCCUCAAGUUCAUCUUCACCUAAAAGAGAAGCAGAAUACCACAAAACAAGCCCAACCAGCUCUGCCUCCCCCUCACCUAGACCCCUCUCCUCCCACCUCCUUUCUUCCCCAAACCUGAUCUGAUCCUUCCACCUGAUGUGGUUUUUUAUAUAGAAGGUUAAUCUUCAUUUCUCUUUUGCUUCUUGGGCACAGUCUUAGUGAUGUUUGACACAUUCUUUAC